AUGUUAUUAAUGAUUGUCAACAGCCCCCGUGGAACCGGAAUAGCUGUAUACGGGACUGAAUGUGCUAAGCGUGAAUUUCGUCACCAUUUUCUGAGAAGCUUCUCAUUCAACAACAGUGCUGGAGAAAUAGUGUCCUUUGACCAAGAUGGGGAAAGAGUAGCUGAAUUUGAUAUUAUCAACUGGGUCACGUUCCCAAACCAGUCCUUUCUUAGAGUCAAAGUCGGAAAGACAGUCCUCAAAGCACCCAGUGAUAAAAGGAACUUUAUUCAUGAGGAGACCAUUGUAUGGCCCACCAGCUUAAACCAGGCAAGGCCCCUUUCUGUGUGCAACAACAAUUGCCAUUCUGGUUAUAGUAGGAGAAAAAAGGAAGGGAAGCCUUUUUGCUGCUAUGAUUGUCUUCCAUGUCCAGAAGGGAAGAUAUCAAGCAAAAAGGACAUGAACGACUGCUUACGGUGCCCAAAAGAUCAGUAUCCAAAUAAUGACAAGAAUUUAUGCCUGCCAAAAUGUAUAAGCUUCUUGUCUUAUGGACAUCCUUUGGGUAUCACUUUGGCCAUGUUUGCUCUUUUCUUAGCUUUCCUCACAUCUUUGGUGCUUGGGAUCUUCAUCAGGCACCGGGAUACUCCCAUCGUCAAAGCCAACAACCAGGACCUCACCUACACCCUUCUCCUCUCCCUCCUGCUCUCCUUCCUCUGUGCUUUGCUAUUCAUCGGCCAGCCAGGGGACACGACAUGUCUGUUCCGACAGACAACUUUUGGCAUCAUCUUCUCAGUGGCUGUCUCUUGUGUGUUAGCUAAAACUGUCAUUGUGGUUCUAGCAUUCAUGGCCACCAAGCCAGGAUCCAGAAUGAGGACAUGGGUGGGGAAUAGAAUGGCCAAGUCCAUCGUUAUUGCCUGCUCCCUUAUUCAAGUUUCCAUUUGUACCUUGUGGUUGGCAACUUCUCCUCCUUUCCCAGAUUUUGACAUGCAUGCUAUAAAUGAGAAAAUCGUGCUGGAAUGUAAUGAAGGGUCAGCCACCAUGUUUUACUGUGUCUUGGGCUACAUGGGCUUCCUGGCCAUCGUCAGCUUCACUGUAGCUUUCCUAGCACGGAAGUUGCCCGACAGUUUCAAUGAAGCCAAGUUCAUCACCUUCAGCAUGUUGGUCUUUUGCAGUGUUUGGCUCUCCUUUGUUCCCACCUACUUGAGCACCAAGGGCAAAUACAUGGUGGCUGUGGAGAUCUUCUCCAUCUUACCCUCCAGUUUUGGGCUCCUGGGUUGCAUCUUUUUCCCAAAAUGCUACAUCAUUGUACUAAGGCCUGAGUUGAACAAAAGAGGACAAUUAAUAAAACAAAGAAUUAAAUCUUAUGACUAG